GGGCUGUGGCGGCCCCGACCUUCCGCGUCCCGGGGCGUUGGCGGCGUUGGCGGCGUUGGCGGCGGCGGCGCGGGCGGCAAGCGAAGCGGCGUUGGCUGCUCCAGAAUGAACCACGGCUCCAAGAAGGGGAAGUAGAGCCCAGCUGGUGCUCGGCUAUGGCUUGUGAACCACCGAUGGGCCCCAGCGGGGCAGCCAGCCCACUGCCCACCUCCUCCCCGGGCUGGAGUGCCUUGCCUGGAGGGAGUCCUCCGGGCUGGGGGCAAGAGCUCCGCAAUGGCCAGGUGCUCACGGUUCUCCGGAUCGACAAUACCUGUGCACCCAUCUCCUUCGAUCUGGGCACUGUGGAGGAGCAACUGCAGACCUGGGGCAUUCAGGUCCCUGCCGACCAGUACAGGAGCUUGGCCGAAAGCGCCCUCUUGGAGCCCCAAGUGAGAAGAUACAUCAUCUACAACUCCAGGCCCAUGCGGCUGGCCUUUGCUGUGGUUUUCUAUGUGGUGGUGUGGGCCAACAUCUACUCCACCAGUCAGAUGUUUGCCUUGGGGAACCACUGGGUGGGUGUGCUGCUUGUGACCCUGGCAGCCAUGAGCCUGACCCUGACCCUCGUGCUCAUCUUCGAGAGACACCAGAGGAAGGCCAAUAGCAACACAGACCUUAGGCUGGCGGCUGCCAACGGAGCCCUCCUGAGACACCGGGUGCUGCUGGGGGUGACGGACACGGUGGAAGGCUGUCAGAGUGUGAUUCAGCUCUGGUUUGUCUACUUCGACCUGGAGGACUGUGUGCAGUUUUUGUGUGACCACAUUCAAGAGAUGAAGAUGAGCCAAGAGUCCUUGCUGCGAAGCAGAUUGAGCCAGCUGUGUGUUGUCAUGGAAACUGGGGUGAGCCCCGAGACAGAGGAGGGGCCCGAGAACCUGUUGGAGGAAGCUCCUCUACUGCCCAGCAGCCCUCAUCCCGAGGAGAGGCCACUCAUGCAGACUGAGCUUCGCCAGCUUGUUCCUGAGGCUGAGCCGGAGGAAAUGGCCCAGCACCUGCUGGCGGUAUUUGGUGGCUACUACAUCCGGCUCCUGGUGACCUCGCAGCUCCCCCAGGCAAUGGGAACACGACACACAGACUCUGCAAGGUUUCCCUGCCCCUGCCAGCUCAUAGAAGCCCAUAUCCUGGGCACUGGGUGCUGUCCCUUCCUGGCCAGGUGACCUAGGGAGGAAGGCACCCAGCUUCCUGCAAGACUGAAGGUGAGACAUCGGGAAGGCUUGGCGCCCCAGCUGGCUGCAGGUGAG